AUACCAACCCGCCCACGAUAUAAUACACUCUGAUCUGAUCUGAUCGAUCUGCAGAUGGAGUGAAUAUAUCCUAGUUAGUUAGUUGGCAUGAAAAAUGGCAUUCAUUUUGUUCUUGGACACCAUCUUGGUUCCCUUGAGUCUCUCCCUCACCAUCGGCUACCAUGCCUAUCUCUGCCACCGCCUCAAGCACAAACCCGCCGCCACCACCAUCGGCCUCAACAUGCUCAAGCGGAGGUCCUGGCUUCAGGAUUACAAUCAGGGAAAUGACAAGAAGGGUAUGUUAGCGGUGCAAAGCCUGAGAAACACAUUAAUGGCGUCAAUCCUGACGGCCACAAUCACAGUGAUCAUCGUCCUUUCACUGGCGGCUCUCACCAACAACGCCUUCAACGCCGCCUCCCACCUCUUCCACGGCCCACUACUUGGCCUACAUUCCGCCCAUCUCAUCGUCCUCAAAUUCGCCUGCGCCGCCAUCUUCCUGCUCGCCAGCUUCAUGUGCAGCUCCAUGGCCAUCGCCUGCUUGAUCGACGCCAACUUCUUGGUCAACGCGGUGGGGGGCGACUUCUCCGCCUCGCCGUCGUACACGCAGACGGUGCUGGAACGAGGUUUCAAGCUGGCCGUGGUGGGCAACAGGGCGCUUUGCAUGGCGUUUCCUGUGUUGUUGUGGAUGAUUGGUCCGGUGGCCGUCUUCGUUUCCUCGGUGGCGCUGGUUUGGGCGCUGCACGGCCUCGAUUUUGUCCGCGACUUUUCGGCGAUUGCCGGAAAAAAACAGUCUGCACAAAUUUUCUAGUGUUUGAUGACCUCAUGUUAGAAAAUUACUUUUUCUAUUUGGGUGAAAUUUAAUAAAUUGUAUUUUGUCUAUUUGAUCUAUUUUC